CUUGGCAGACAGCAAGUUGCUCUGUUGCGCGAGAGUGCUGCACUCGGGCAAAAUAUUAAAACAUCAUCGAGAAGCCAACCAGUAUGGCUGAACGUGAUUUUAACAACAGAAUUUCUAGUGUUUUAGCGUGGAAAACGUAAGCAAAACUCGGUUCCGUCUGUGCGUUCGGUCGUGCUCGUGCGGAUUCACCAGAGUUACGAGCUGUCGGUGGAGUUUUUGCGAUUAUUCACGGUGAUAUCCCGUGGGUUUAGUGGUGAUUUCGAUCGAAGAAGGCCACAGUACUGUUCCGGGGUAGGCCGCUACGUGGUCCUUCGAUUGCUCGCGGUAGGCCGUGACAUUUGCCCCUCGUCGGCCUCUUAUCCUGGCCUGCCUAGUUGGCCUCCUCCAAGGAUUGCAAGCGCUCUCGGCACACUGCAAUUUGUGUGAGCGCUGUUGAUGUUUCAAGGGUGUGCGAAUUCUAAGGUCCAAGAGAUGACGACGUCAACGAGGAAGGUCUAAGUCACCUCCGCAGCCACCACCAGCUUCGUGUGAGCCUGCUGCUGGUGCAUUAGAACAGGUCAGAGACAACAGAGUAGCAGCAGAAACCGGUUCAACGCAACGCGACGACGAUGUUAUCGUACUACAGAUACUUUGAUAACAUCUAAAUCGCGAGAGUCCUCGCGCAUCGCCACCCAAUCGAACGAACAUAAUCCCUGCCAGCAUGAGCAGUCAAAGGACGACGACGACGGCGUCGGCGCCUUCUAAAGCAACGAUCGCUGCUUCCAGCAGCUCACCGUCUUCGACGACCACGACAACAUCAAUUACGAUGGCCAGCACGACCGUCGGUGCCAAAGUGACCGCGAAGCCCGUCGAGCAGCUGUCCACCAACAAGGAACGAUGCCGAUCGUCUUCAACCGUUCGCGCGUUGAACUUUGACGAUCCAGAGCUGGACAAGAAGACUACCGUCAGUCCACCGCGGGUGAAAGAGGAGCCCAAAGGGAAGACCUCCCCGGUGAAGGAAUCGUCGGCAAAGCCGACGGCAGUGAAGAAGGAAGUCGUUGCGCCACCACAGCCCUCCUCGAAACCAAUCUCUAGUCCUGCUGUGGUUUCGGCUUCGAAGCCACCUCACAGCAGCAGCCCCAAGCAGACGGCUCUCGAAUCGGAGGUCAACAAACCGCACGGAAGUCCCUCGCGGGGCAGUCUGAAAAAGAUGCACCAGCAGAGUGCCGUCAAGGCGGAAGAACCUCCCAAGCCAGCCUUGCUCAAGUCAUCGUCCGUACCGGGACCAUCGCCACAGGCGUCCGUUCCGAGCAGUUCCACGCAGUUACCAUCCCACCCGAUCAGCCAGCUGGCGACGCCCGUCAUCACGACGGCCGCUGCCUCACCAACGGCAACCACGGCUCCUCCGGCCGCCGUAGUUCUGCGGCCCUCGUCCGGAACCAACCUGCAAAAGUCCGCCUCCUACCGGAAGUCGUCCUACAAGCCCCAGCACUCGCACUCGCUGCGAUACUCGGGCAGUGGCAGCGACAUCUCCAACCUGGUUCGUGUUCGAAACUCAACCCUCGGAAAUUCGGCCCCAACGCUGUCGAUCACCUCGAAGGAAGGUGGCUUUGGCCAACGCCGCUCGACGUCAUCGUCGUCCGCACGCAGCGGUGCCGUCGCCCGGCAUCGGCUCAGCUUUGUGGCCAACAUUUCACCCCGAUCUCAUUCGCCCAUUCCCGCUAGUCCGAUAGACAGCCCUCGGAUCAACUCGCCGAGCAUCAUCCACUUUCCGUUCAUGCCGAUCAAGCGGAUCACCAACAAGAACAGCGACAGCCGGCGAUGGUCGGUGGCGUCGCUGCCAAGUUCGGGCUACGUGACCACCCCGGGCAGCUCCAACAUUUCGUCCCAGUGCUCGAGCCAGGAGAAGCUGCACCAAUUCCCGCCGGUUCCAACGAACGACGAUCUGCACAUGCUCUCGCUGCACUUUUCCAGCAACGACAGCAAUCCCGGCAUGGAAACUCGCAACCCCCAUCACCACCACGUAUUUCAUCACCAUCAUCAUCAGCACCAUCUCCAGCAGCAGCAGCUCCACCAUCACUCGUUGCAGCACAAUCCGCCGGUGUCUCCGCUCGCCCCGCACUAUCAACACUCGCCGCAACCGCUCAGUCUUCAAUCGCAUGCAACCCACUGUAACAGUCCCCACUCGGUCAAAUCCGGAACCGGAAGCUGCAAAGACGAACUGAACAACGUCUGCGGCUGCCGCUCGCCAAUCCAUCGGCCACGAUCACGCAGUCUCAGCAGUCCCUCGCACUCCCCAAUAACCGACAACGAGAUUUCCCUCAUGAACACCUUCUACAAGGAACGCUUCCCCAAAGCAACGCAACAGAUGGAGGAACGCCUCUCCCACUUUAUCAACGAGAACAAGAACAUCAUAAACGACAGCGCCCGCAUCUCGCAACCGAUCGUACGCUUCGUCCACCACCAAGUGCUCGAGAUGGCCCGCGAUUGCCUGCACAAGUCCCACGCCAAACUCAUCACUUCGCGCUACUUUUACGAGAUGAACGAAAACCUCGAACGGCUGCUGAUGGAAACAAAGGAAAAGUCCCCGGAAGCCGCCCCAGAAAUCACCGGAGUGAUCAAGAAACUCCUGCUCAUCAUCUCCCGUCCUGCGCGCCUUCUAGAGUGCCUCGAGUUCGACCCGGAAGAAUUCUACCGACUGCUGGAGGUGGCCGAAGGCCAAGCCAAGAUCACCCAAGGCAUCAAAGCGGACAUCCCGCAGUACAUCAUCACGAAGCUCGGCCUCAACCGGGAUCCGAUCGCCGAACUGCAGGAAGAAAUAAUCGAAUCCGCAUCCCUAAAUUCGUCCAUCAACACCAACUGUGAUUCAUCGGAUAAUAACAACUCGACCUCGCCGAACGCAUCCAUUCUCAGCGGGAAGGGCACCCCGCUGAACCGAAGCGGAUCGAUCACGUGCAGCACACCGAAGAACGCCGGUUCGCUGAACAGCUCGCUCAACACGAUCAACAACAACCAGUCGAGCGGCCAGAACGUCAACAACAACUCUUCGAUUACCAGUGCAGCUGCACCCGGUGGUGUUUCCAAAAACUUCAAGGCACGCACCAACAGUGCCAUACCCAGUGAGAAGGAUUACGACAUACUCAAGCUGAUCUCGAACGGGGCGUACGGAGCGGUCUACCUCGUUAAGCACAAGCAAACGAGACAACGAUUCGCGAUGAAGAAGAUCAACAAAAACAGCCUGAUGCUGCGCAAUCAGGUUGAGCAGGUCUUUGCCGAGCGGGACAUUCUGAGCUUUGCGGACAAUCCCUUCGUGGUGAGCAUGUACUGUUCGUUUGAAACCAAGAAGCAUCUCUGCCUGGUGAUGGAGUACGUCGAGGGGGGAGAUUGUGCCACGCUGCUGAAGAGCAUCGGUCCGCUUCCGUCGGACAUGGCGCGGUUCUACUUUGCCGAGACGGUGCUCGCAGUGGAGUAUCUUCACAGCUACGGAAUUGUGCACCGGGAUUUGAAGCCGGACAAUCUGCUGAUUACGGCACUCGGGCAUAUCAAGCUGACCGAUUUUGGGCUGUCCAAGAUGGGGUUGAUGUCACUGGCCACGAAUCUGUACGAGGGUUAUCUGGACAGCGAGACGCGGCAAUUUUCGGACAAGCAGGUAUUCGGCACGCCGGAGUACAUCGCUCCGGAGGUGAUCUUAAGACAGGGCUAUGGGAAACCGGUUGAUUGGUGGUCCAUGGGAAUCAUUUUGUACGAAUUUAUGAUCGGCUGCGUGCCGUUCUUUGGCGAGACUCCGGAGGAACUGUUUGCCCACACGGUGAACGACGACAUCGAGUGGCCGGAUAACGACGACUGGCCGAUCCAGGACGAGGCGAAAGAUUUGAUCACGGUACUGCUGCAACAGAAUCCCAGGGAUCGUCUCGGUACGGGAGGUGCCCACGAGGUUAAGGACCACUGCUACUUCUUCGGACUGGACUGGAACAAUUUGCUGAGGCAAAAGGCGGAAUUUGUCCCGCAGUUGGAUAACGAGGAGGACACGAGCUACUUUGACACGCGUGUUGACCGGUACAACCACGACAUCUGCGGUGACGAUACUGAUGACAUGGAAGAUUCUCCGCUGUUUGGUUCGUUCAACUCAUACUCGCCUCAAUAUCGCAAGCAACAAAACAUCAAUGCAGCCGGUGGAGGAUCACCCGCGAUCAUGGCCCAGCCAGAACCACCACUCGCAUCGCCCCUCCCGGGCACGAACCUUCCGUUGGCGUUGACCAAGGAGAAGCAACAGCUGCCGUCGCUGUUCGAGGAUAGCUUCGACGUCACCAGCAGCAGUCAGCAAAAGUCGGGUGACAUCGGCAAGCUGAUCAUCACACCAGAGCUGCGCAAGUUCAACAUCAAUCCUUCCAAAUACAAGAUGCCAUCGACGCCAGACCUGGAAUAUCUGCCAGAGCUGGCCACACCAGAUCGUGAAGAUUUCAUUAGCCAUCUGAACCUGCGUCCGCACAUUCACCAACCGGUGCCAACGACCCCAGAGACGCCGGAAACCAACAAACGCUUCAGCGAUUUCUACCCCCUCUCCUCGUUAAAACAACUCUCAACCCCGGAAUCGUCCCAAACGGACAGUGACGACGUCUCGCCGCAGAUCCAACGCAAGCGCAAGAUCGUCCACAGCCGGGGCCUGCUGCCCAAGUUCUCCAUUUCCAUCGAGGACGACCAGAGUGGCCACGAGACGUCCUCGUCGACGCCGUCCCAGGUGGUGACCUCUUCUUCACCGUCCAGCUCGCUGAACAACCUGAACAACUCGCGGCACAUCGUCAAGAGCGCGUCCGCGCUGGGUCUUUCGCUGAUGACCUCGUCGGACGACUCAUCGACGGCGAUCACGACGAUCGGAGCAGGGUGUGUUGGGCUGCACAACGUCACCACGACCGCCUCGAACCUGUCGUCGUCGUCUGGCUGCAGUACCGGCAUCACCUCCACGAUGCAUUCCGCCGGCAACUGCUCGAGCACGGCCAGCUCACGUGAUACUUCCCCGUGCAGGGAGCUCAGCCCUCUAGUCACUAAUCUUAAGCCACCGCUGAUCAUCCGGAGGGGACCGCGCGGGUUCGGUUUUACGGUGCACACGAUCCGGGUGUACUACGGCGAUACGGAUUUCUACACGAUGCAUCACCUGGUGAUGGCCGUCGACGAAGGCAGUCCGGCGUUCGAGGCUGGACUGAGACCGGCUGAUUUGAUCACCCACGUAAAUGGGGAAGCCGUGCAAGGGUUGUACCACACGCAGGUGCUGCAACUGUUGCUGAGUGGAGCUGAGUUGGUCAGCUUGCGGGCGACUCCGCUGGAACAUACCAGCAUUCAGAGUGGCGGGAGAAAGCGCGAACCGUGGCAGAGUAAAUUCGCCAAGAAGAGCACGCACAGCCGGCGGAAGCAGAAAAAGGACAACGAGAAGAAGCGGAAAACGUCGUUGUUUAGACGGAUAAGUAGCAAGCGUGCGAGUGCGGAGAUGCAGCAGAUGGUGGCCGGGAUUCAGUCGCCGACGUCGGUUCCACCGAGCAGAAGCUUCCAGUCGUUCACCCGCUUCCAGGGCAGUCAACCCAACUUGACCGGUGGCGUUGGUGGUGGUCCAUCAGCAGCAGUUGUUGCCGUAGCUUCGGGAAGUGUUCUGCCUGCGGCCAUCCAGCCGGUGCCUUCGUCAUCGCUGACAGCAUCGCCCGUCAACCGACUUAGCCUUUCGCCGCUGAACACGAUCAACGCCGCUACGUACCAGCCUUCGCCGUCGUCUUCACCAAGCACUUCGGCCCCGAGCACGCCCACCGGGACGCUGACCUACAACGACGGAGCGCCUCUCUACCAGCGACCUUCGACGCUGCACGUGCUGAAACACAAGCUGCACUCGUCACCCUGUGGUGCCACCAGCAAGGCACUGCACACGGCUUCCGCCACGGGUCGUCCCAACCGGAGGAAAUCCGCCGAUCACAUGCCGCUGUCGCCACUCGCCAGAACACCUAGUCCAUCCCCGUUGCCGGCAUCGCCAACCCGUUCCUCCAGCCCGCUGGCCUUCCCCGUGGUCCACCCGCUAGGAUCCUCCAACACGACACAAUCGUACAGCCCGGGCGUGCUCCCGAAUGCGGCCAGCGUAACUCCCCCAGUCAUGCCGGGCAUCGUAACGCUCGGUGGCUCACCAACGCCACCCACGAAGAAAGGCUUCCCCCGUGCAAAAACCGCAGAACCGAGCUCACCCCUUCUGCGACGUGCCCUCUCCCCGGACCGGCUGCACCCACGAAGUGCCGAGAGCAAGUGCGUCCUCUCCCCCCUCUGCUGCAACACCCCACUAAAGACCCCGCGCCAAGUCCCCGGCAUCUGGCGAUCCAAUCAAAACUCCACCAUCACAACGGCCACGCCACCCUCGUCAACCGCUGGUCCGGUUACCGCCACUGCUCCGACGACAUCGACCCAACAGCAGGUCGUGACCUCGGCCGCGCCAACGCCCUCGUCAAACACCGCAACCAACACGGUCGCCUCGAAGGUGGUCAGCUCGGCGCCGCUAACGGCCACCACCAACACGGUAUCGUCCACCGGGUCGUCCACGAAGCAGCUUGCCAGCAUGAUGGACAAGAUGAGCGUCAAGGAGGACAAGCAGUAAAAGAUUGUUCGCUCGUAGUUUUAGUUAUUGGUUAUUGUUUUGGAAGAGUGCGGCGAGGGGCCGAUACGAAUCCGCGCAAAAGAAAGCACGCAGGCUUAUAUUUAUUUAAUAAUUCCGUGAUACUCUAUAGUGAGAUGAGGAGAAGGAGAAGACGACCAGAUUGCGCGGGGGUAAGGUGAAGCGAAAGUGAUUACGAUGCACACAGAAAGUUAGUUAGCAAAAAUUGCUGUUUUAGAAGAAAGUUUGGAACGAAAGGGAAUGUGGAAAGGAACACAAUUGUAGCAUAGUUGCACUAAAUUUUGAACAUAUAUGUUGUAAGUUUUUUUUCUGUCGAUACAUUUUGAAGAGGGAGAUAAUAUUAGUAAGCUUAAGCAACCAAUUACGAUUUAUCGAGUUUAAGAAAUUAUAGGGUGUAAAAGGCCCGCAUUGAAAUAAAAAAAGGAUUUAAAUUUGUGUGAUAUUUUGAUGAAAAAAAUAAAACUAUGUAAGAUGUAAAAAAAACUAAAGUUUACUGAACGUAACAAAUUAUAGAUAAUAAAAGUACACUAGUUCUGCAA